AUGAAGGAUUUGGCUCCCUGUAUUCUUCAGAAGAAUGCAAUGAUUGGGGGUGCAUUGACUGGGGCUCUUAUAUCUGCUGCAACCAACAACAACCGAGACAAGAUUGUAAUGGAUGCCAUCACAGGGGGUGCUGUUGCAACCGCUGCAGAGUUCCUUAACUAUGUCACCUGA